UCUCUUAAUAAAGAUUUGGCUAUUCGUUUAAUGGAAAAAAAUAUUUUUGAUGGAAAAGAUUCUUCAGACAAGAAGAAAGAAAGUGUUACAGUUGGGAGCAUAAAUGAAGACCAGUUAAAAACGUUGGAACAAGCUUUUCAAACAACUUGUUACCCCGGCGUUUGUAUGAGAACCGAAAUUGCUCAGAACAUUGGACUGUCACAAAGAGUAGUUGAAGUAUGGUUUCAAAAUAGAAGACAUAAGGAAAGAGAAAGACUUCCUAAAAUACAAUAUUGCUGA